CCACUCUCUCUCUCUCUCUUGUUCUUGAUCCAAAUUUGCAAACUAACUUCACAUGUCUGAUAAUCAUGGGAUUUCAAGACCCACAUCCCUUUAAUUUCGUCGAAAUCAGUACCAAAACCUUCAAAGCCGAUGGCAAAACACUAAUUUUUCUAAUCCUCUUCUUGUUCUUCAUCGUCCUUUCCAUCUUCUGUUUCCUUUACUUCAUCUAUUCCUGCACUCGCCGUUACAUGUUCUUGUCUAGGGUUCGAACCAGUUGUCCCGCCACCGGUGGCUUAGACAAGGCGGAGAUUGAUCGUCUUCCCGUCGUUUCUUACGGGUCGAGCCAUGGAUAUGGUCCUUCUAAAGACGGUGAAUGCUCAAUUUGUUUGGGUUGUUUUCAGGAAGGAGAAAAGGUGAAGGUUUUGCCACUUUGUAAACAUGGGUUUCACUCUGAAUGUGUUGACACGUGGCUCAAGAAUCGACCCAGUUGCCCGCUUUGUAGAGGAUCGGUUGUCCGAGUUGACUCUGUUGUUCACCCGGAAGUUGAUGAUGUUCCAAUCUCAACUAACGUUUGAUUUUUGCAAUCUUAGGUCAAAAGUUGGUGUUUUUUUGGCCUUUUUUCGUAAUUAGGUUAUGACCCAUCAAACAGAAAGGAGAGAGAGAUUUCCUUCUUUCCACUUUCAAAUUUUUGGCCAUCUUUUCUUUUCUUGUUUUUUAGAUAGAACAGCUGAAGAAGAUGAUAGCUUUAAGUUCAUCAACUCAGUCAUGUUGUACAUAUUUUUAAUCUUCUAAAAUAAAAAUAAAAAUAAAA